AAUAAAAGUUGCGCGGAAUAAAGACAAGGGCGGUUUGUUUCUGCGAUUGUCUCGUUUUAUUCGAGACGUACUGUCUUAGUUUUCAAAAGUUUUGCCAACGUUUUUUUAAAGACUGAUGUAAUGCUAUGCUGGUUUGAAUUCUAGCCUACUGUCACACGCAUUUGAUUCAUAUGUUUUUAUUUUUACUUCGUGGAAAAAGAGCAAGCAACGCAACCAGUGAGUCUAGCCGCGCGCAACUCGACAAUCAAUACUCUGUCGGGAGUCUCUUGAAUUUGAACUGGACGUUCCUUAGUUCAGUCGUUCAGUUGGUCUCCUGAAGUCGAGGCUUUCCUAGACGCUCGUCUUGUUAUUCGUUAGGUUUACCGACUUCUCAACACAGUGGGAAAAGUUAUACACUAGUGUUUCUUAGUCAACAUUUAGCUUCGCUGAGUCAAAACACAAUCAUCCUGACAAAAUGACAGACAUGGAUAACAGCACAUGCCUUGAAUUGGCGUUAGAAGGAGAACGUCUUUGCAAAGCUGGUGAUUGCAGAGCUGGUGUCGCCUUUUUCGAAGCAGCAAUUCAAGCUGGUACCGAUGACUUGAGGACCCUCAGCGCCAUUUACUCACAACUUGGAAAUGCAUAUUUUUACCUGGGUGAAUACACCAAAGCCAUGCAGUAUCACAAACAUGAUCUUACUCUAGCCAGAACCAUGGGUGACAGACUAGGUGAAGCCAAAGCCAGUGGAAAUCUUGGAAACACAUUGAAAGUAAUGGGCAGAUUCGAUGAAGCUGUUCUCUGUUGCAAAAGACACCUCGACAUUUCCAGGGAGCUUACCGAUAAAGUUGGAGAAGGAAGGGCGUUGUAUAACUUGGGGAACGUUUUUCAUGCGAAAGGAAAACAUCUCGGCCGGCUGGGUCAACAAGAUCCAGGCGAGUUUCCCGAAGACGUGCGGAACUGCCUGCUAACAGCCGUAAAUUAUUACGAAGAAAAUCUUGAACUCAUGAGAGAAAUAACCGAUCGUGCUGCCCAAGGUCGGGCAUGCGGGAACUUGGGCAAUACCCAUUAUCUCUUGGGUAGCUUUACGCAAGCCAUAAAAUAUCAUCAAGAGCGACUGAAUAUUGCUCGAGAAUUUGGGGACAAAGCAGCCGAAAGGAGAGCCCACAGCAACCUGGGAAAUGCGCACAUCUUCCUCGGAGAGUUCGAAACGGCUGCAGAACAUUACAAGAAAACACUCCUACUUGCACAGGAUCUCGGAGAUCGAGCCGUCGAAGCGCAAGCCUGUUACAGCCUGGGAAAUACGUAUACUCUGCUUCGCGAUUAUCCCACAGCCAUCGAUUACCAUCUGCGGCACUUGCGUAUUGCUGAAGAGCUAAUGGAUAAAGUUGGAGAAGGACGUGCUUGCUGGAGCUUGGGGAAUGCACACGCUGCCAUGGGAAAUCACGAGAAAGCCCUGCACUACGCACAACGGCACCUUGAAAUAUCCCGCGAGAUUGGCGAUCCGACCGGCGAGGCGACAGCACAGAUGAACUUGGCCGACUUGAGACGCACAUUGGGCGUUGACGGCGACGGUGGUUGCGGCGGCAUGGGAAACUCAACGAAAGGUCACGCUUCCGAGGCCGACGACGACGGACUCUACGGAGCAGAUAGCAAGGCCAACGGAGACGACGCCAUGGAUGAAGAGGAAUCCUUUUUUAAUUUGGUCACUCAAUUCCAAUCGAAACGCAUGGACGAUCAGCGUUGCUCGUUGGCAAUCGUAGACAACAAGGAGAACCAACAAGCAAGUACACUCCCGUCGAAUAUUCACGGUGAGUUGUUUUUCCAGGGAAACCAGGGAGGGGGGAUACGCGCUCCUGGCGUCGCCCCGAGUUUUGUUUCGUUUGCCUGCUUCUACGAGGGAGUGUGUUUUUAUUUUCCUCUUUUUUCGCAUAUUGUUUCGAUAGAGAGCCCGUCGAGAUUGAAGGAAGAUUUAAUGGACCUGAUCGCCGGCAUGCAGAGUCGCCGGAUGGAUGAGCAGAGAGCUUCACUACCGCGACUACCCGGCCUGAACAACGCCAAUCCAGACAUUUUACGUCGGCUGUCUGUGGAGCCAGCCGGCGAGGAUGCAGCCGCAUUGCCCGAUGAGAAUUUCUUCGAAAUGUUGAUGCGGUGUCAGGGUACGAGGCUGGAAGAUCAGCGCAGCGCCUUGCCGGAUACAUCGCCUCGGCGGCACAGGGGGCCCACCAUGCCCGACGAAGACUUUUUCUCGUUGAUAAUGCGACUCCAAUCGGGUCGACUCGAGGAUCAAAGAGCCGAAGAUCCUUCACCUCUCAUCGCUGCCAACGGAGCUGCCGCCACUUCCUCCUAGACGGAACGGUAUCCCUAACCUCUCGGAAUGUUUUACCCCUCCUCGCCAUCAGCUCUCAUCCAUGAUCGAAAUGUAUGUUGACAGUCUCUAUCAAUACCCUCUCUCCAUUUUUAUUCGUUUCAAAAAAUAGCCAUUCCCUUUUUCUUUUACUUUUGACCGAGUUUUUUUUUCCAAAAAAACUCUUCCAACUUCACAUCCAUUUCAUUCGCUCUCUGCCUCCUCCUGGAAGUAGAAAUCGCGAAAAUUAAAUCUCACCAUUCCUCCUUUGGGGAACAAACAAGGGGAAGGGGGGGUUGAUUGUCCGUUCCCGCAUGGUUGCACACGAGUUCAAAGGAGUCCCUUUUUUUUUCCGAACAUGGCAGUUCUUGUCUUCUCUUUCUAUUCCGUUGGCAGAGCAUUGUUCCUACUCCCAACGUGAAAGGCAGUUAGAAGACAAUAAAUAGGCCUAUUCCUCGUUUUA